AUGCAAGGCUCGAAAUCCCUACAUGUGAGCCAGAUUUGCUGUGCAACGUUAUGGUGUUUACUCUCCAGUGGGAUUAUAUUUGGUUUCGCUGCUUUAAAACCAAUAUUAAUAAGUGAAGGUAUAUAUUCAGAGUUCUGUCUUAACCCAGAGUCGAACCAAAUAGAUACCAUAAUAAAAAGUGCAAUAUGCUCUGCUCAAGAUCUAAAACUAAAUUUUAUUUUUACAGCUAGUGCUGGUAUCACAAAUAUGAUGGCAUUACCAGUUGGUUGGAUCUUAGACACAUAUGGCCCACGAAUCACAGGAAUAAUAGGUUCAUUCUUCUUAACCUUAGGAGCUUUGCUUUUCAUUUUCCAUGCAACAUUCGUAACAUUUAUAGACCCAUAUAUUUCAGGUUAUAUCAUGCUCUCUGUGGGUGGACCGUUCGUGUUCAUUUCCUGUUUCCAAUUGGCAAACAUUUUCCCCAGGAGAUCAGGGUCCGUUUUGGCUUUAUUGACUGGUGCUUUCGAUUCUUCAUCUGCAUUAUUCCUAGGAUAUAGAGUAUUUUAUCAGAAAGUUAAUCCAUCUUUCAACCUUUCGAAAUUUUUUACAUUAUAUCUCAUUGUACCACUAUUCAUAUUCAUUUGUCAAGUUACAAUUAUGCCACAUGAAUCAUAUAAAACAUGCGGCAAUGUGGCAAAAAUUACUGUGGAAGGUUUAGAUGAAUCAGGUCAUCUGGUAGAAGGAGAUGACGGAUCUAUGUUGGUCCCAGAUCCAAAUGAAAGAGAAUUGUUGAUAGCACAAUUGGAAGAUGAUGAACAAAGAGAACCAUCCCAAUUUCAUCGUGAAAGUGGCAUUCCACUGGGACGUAGGAAAUCUGUAUUAGAAACUUAUGUGGAAACCAAAUUAGAGGAAAAAUCAGGUGGUAUCUUCGGGGUAUUACAUGGAUAUAGUGUCAUUGAUCAAUUGAAAACGCCUUGGUUUUAUCUAUUACUUAUAUUCGCAAUAAUAUCAAUGAUAAGAAUAAACUACUUUAUCGCUACAAUCAGAUCACAAGAAGAAUAUUUACUUGGUGAUGAAUUAUUGGCAUCCAAAAUAAAUGAAAUAUUUGACCUUGCCUUACCAAUUGGUGGUGUACUAUCUAUCCCAUUUAUUGGGGUACUUUUAGAUCAUGUGAAAACCUUCAACGUUUUAAAAUUAUUAUCUUGUAUGUCUGUAAUUAUUGCCGUUCUGGGCCUAAUUCCAAAUUCUUUUUUCUUGAAUUUAAUCGGCAUAUUGGUAUUAGUGAUUUUUAGACCCUUCUAUUAUACAGUUAUAUCAGAUUAUGCUACAAAAGUGUUCGGAUUUGAGACAUUUGGGACCGUUUAUGGACUACUAAUUUGUAUCAGUGGUAUUUGCAAUAUGGGACAAAGCCUUUUAGAUCAAUUGACACACACCAAGUUUGAUAUGAAUCCAACACCAGUGAACCUUGGUUUAUUGUUGAUAACCAUUUUUUCAAGUGGUGCUUUAUUAAUUUACAUUAAUAUUCAAUUGAAGAAACAAAAUAGAUCUGUUAAUUUAAAUGACGAGGCCUUGGAACCGUUAUCGGAUCCUCACACAGAUUGA